AUGUCUGCAUCACUAAUAAAUCGUUCAUUGAAGAGUAUAAGGAAUGAAUUGGACUUUUUAAAGGAGUCCRAAGUUAUAUCAGACGACAUCUUCGAUUUGAUCAAUAGUAAGCUGCCUGAAAAAUGGGACGGAAACUCGGGGACAUUCCACAACGCAUCCGUAGAAGAGUGUGCCGAAGCCUUAUAUGAUUUUGAAGCUCAACAAGAAGGCGACCUUCCUUUGAAAGCAGGUGAUAAAAUUCAAAUUUUAGAGAAGAUCUCCCCUAAUUGGUAUAGAGGCAAAGCGAACAAUAGGGUGGGUAUAUUUCCUGCAAACUAUGUAAAACCUGCAUUUGCAAGAUCAGCUUCACCUGAGACUGAGGGAAGUAGCUUAAGCUCUAAAAUAUCUCGUCCUAGUGCGCCGCCUCCAUCUUAUGGACCAGUAGUCUCAUCAUACUCUUCACAGCAAGCCCCAGCAUCUUACGCUCCUCCAAUGGGUUACGUCCAAGCACCACCUCCUCAACAACAGCAAGCUCCUUUACCCUUUCCUCCAUCUUUUACUAAUUACUACCAACAGCCACAACAACAGUAUGCACCACCUCCACAAGCACCAGUGCAACCACCAGUGCAGCCACAGCAGCCACAGCAGCCACAGCAGCCACAACAACACCAAAGUAGCGGGGCUAGUAGUGCAUUCAAAAGUUUUGGUAGCAAGUUAGGAAAUGCUGCUAUAUUUGGCGCUGGUUCUACUAUCGGUAGUGAUAUCGUUAAUAGCAUUUUUUAA